AUGGAUAAUUAUAUGACCGCGAAAUGGAUAGCCCCGAAACGUGUAGUGGUCCAUCCCAUAGUUUUACUCUCCGUUGCUGAUCAUUAUAAUAGACAGGCAAAGGGGACUCAAAAAAGGGUUUUGGGAACUUUACUAGGCGAAACGAUAGACAAUGUUAUUCAUAUAACAAACAGCUUUGCUGUUCCAUUUGAGGAAGAUAAUAAGGAUCCAUUAGUUUGGUAUUUUGAUCAUAAUUACCAUGAGAAUCUGUUCCUCAUGUUCAAAAAAGUGAAGGCAAAUGAGAAGGUUUUGGGUUGGUAUAGCACUGGGACAAAAUGUAAAGCAGCAGACUUGGAUAUUCAUGAAAUUUAUCGCAGAUAUUGUCCCCAGCCAAUUUAUCUAAUAGUAGAUACUAAUCCACAACCGACAGGAUUACCUACUGAAGCAUAUAUAUCAGUUGAGAUACCUACUACGGAUUCCAAAUUCAGAAGAACUUUUAUCAAUUGCAAUGUCACUAUGGGCGCAUUUGAAGCGGAAGAAGUAGGAUUGGAGCAUUUGUUACGAGACGUACAAAAUUCAUCCACAUCAACUCUGGCUAUAAAGGUUGGAGAUAAAAUAAAUGCGCUAGAAACUUUGUCUAUGAGGUUGUCUGAUAUCGUAGAGUAUUUGAAAAUGGUUAUAAAUGGCAAUAUGCCACUCAACCCGACGAUUAUAUAUAUUCUACAGGACAUGUUCAAUUUGAUGCCAUCACUGGACUAUGAUGACAUAUCCAAAGCAUUUGCAGUUGAACUUAACGAUACAUUUCUAUCACUUUACAUUGCUAGCAUUUCACGUGCUGUAAUGGCAUUGCAUGAUCUAAUAAAAAACAAGGCACAAUCUAAUCAAUAA